AGAUUAUAGCAGAUUAGAUAACAUAACACCAGUAAUUAUCCUUCGAAUGGACCCGUGUGCAUGUGUGCCGCCUUGAUUCUCUUCGUAUUAUAAUUAAUUAAAAACUAUUUUUUUUAGUAAUAGUUAUUGAAACAAAAGAUAAUUUGAGAAGCCAGAUCUGGAAAAAUAUUCUUCAUUGUCUUUUGUUUAAUUUAUUUUAAUUCUCUUUCGAGCUUUAGGACAUCUUCUAGAAAUUCUUCUCAAUUGUUUCUGGUAAUGACAUUGAUGGAAAAUUUACAAGUUAUUUGCUUUCUUUGAACAUCAUUGCAACCAUCAUCUUCUUAUCAUGGUUCAUUUGUUAAACUAUGAUUAUAGUUCCCAUUUCACCAAAGCUUUUCACCAAUACCCUAUUUUUACUUCUUUUUCUAAGGUUAACAGAAACGUUAGGUUCAAUCUUAAAGCUUGUUUUGAUGCAAGUAAUGGAAAUUCUAAUGGUGAUGACAAUAGGGUUGUUUUGAAGGAAAAGAGAAAGGGUAUUUCUGUCAUUGAUGAGAGGUGUAAUGCUACUAAUGUUGAGCAUAGAUCACAAGGUGGAAGUCACAAUAAACCUUUUUGUUUCCAUGAUCAUCAAUUUUCUCAGAAACUUGUAGUUGCUGUUGAUGUUGAUGAAGUAUUAGGAAACUUUGUGUCGGCUCUGAACAAGUUUAUAGCAGAUCGAUACUCGUCAAAUCAUUCAGUUUCUGAGUAUCACGUGUACGAGUUCUUCAAGAUAUGGAACUGUUCGCGUGACGAAGCUAACACUCGUGUUCACGAGUUUUUCGAAACGCCGUACUUCAAGUCCGGGAUCCACCCUAUCCCAGGUGCUCAAAUGGCGCUGCAGAAACUAUCAAAAUUUUGUAACCUAUCAGUUGUAACAUCUCGGCAGAAUAUAAUCAAGGGUCAUACAAUUGAGUGGAUUGAAAACAACUUUUCGGGAUUGUUUGAUGAGAUUCAUUUUGGAAACCACUUUGCUCUUGAUGGAGUGUCAAGACCAAAGUCAGAGAUUUGUAGGUCUUUAAAUGCUAAGAUUCUUAUUGAUGAUAACCCAAGAUACGCAAUCGAGUGUGCUGAAGCUGGAAUUAGAGUCCUACUUUUCGAUUACGAAAAUUCGUAUCCUUGGUGCAAGGCUGAGUUUGCGUAUCAGCAUCCUCUAGUGCACAAAGUUGAGAACUGGGAACAAGUUGAACAAGAAUUAAUGUCAUUGAUAGCCUUGUAAUUUACUAAAACCAUGCAGCAUGGUUUCUGUGAAAAACACUCUCAGAUUAGAUGUACUAACUUGUAAUACUUUCUAUAACGAAUUUAGAUGUACUAAGGACAGAGAAACUAUUUGUAAUACUCUGCACAAAUGAAGGUGUUGAAAUGAAUUUAUGUAGAAUUGAAAGGAUUCAUAAUUAUAAAAAGCCUUUACAUGGCUGCUUGUGUUA